AGUGAAUCACAACACAGUAUCCUUGACGUUUCUAUUACAGAUCACAACAGUGGCAUAACAUAAAUAUACGAAAUUAUUUCGCUGAUGCAAGAGAAAAUAUGGAUUACGAACAUGAAAAAGUAUUAAAAUUAGUGUUUCCAGACGAGUGUGAAGAAAUCCUCAACGGUGACAAUGCUCCCGAAGUGAUCGAUUACAUGUUCAAGCUGGGCUCCUACAAAGUGGACCAGUUGAAGAAAGAGACUAACCGCCUGCAGGAAGAAUGCAAGCAAAACGUCGAACAAACACAAGAGCUCGCCGUAAAUAACUAUAAAACAUUCAUCCAGACGGCGGAAUGUUCUCGGGAGAUAUAUCAAAAAUUUGUGGAGACUGAGCAAAGGGUGGAAAGUUUAAGCACUAGGUUACCGGAGUUCACCGCAACAUGCAACAAGUUCCUAGCCUCGUCCAGUAAUAUCAACAGCGCUCGGAGGCUGAAUUCACUGACGCUCACUAGAAAUGCUGAGCUAUUGGAGAUUUUGGAAAUUCCUCAGCUGAUGGAAAGCUGCAUCCGCGAGGGAAGGUAUGAGGAAACGUUGGAAUUGGCUGCCUACGUGCAGCGCAUUGGCAAUAAACACGGAGGCAUUCCAGUAAUCGCUAGCAUUCAAACAGCUGUGGAAGCUGCGUGGCACACGAUGCUGGUACAACUGUUAUCACAGUUGCGAACGGAUCUACAGCUUCCCAAAUGUUUACAAGUUGUUGGCUAUUUGAGAAGAAUGCAAGCGUUUACAACUGCUGAAUUGAAAUUGAAAUUUCUUCAAAUCAGAACAAAUUGGUUUAAAGAAUUGCUUGCAAAAAUUCCUCAGGACGAUGCUCAUGUUCACCUGACGAAAACAAUCGAUGCUACACGUGUACAUUUGUUCAACAUCAUCACCCAGUAUCGGGCGAUCUUUCCGGAGGAUGAGGACACUUCGUCUGGGAUGACAACAAUUACGUCCAAUCUGAAUGCUCCCGAUGGAAACAAAAUAUUUCAAAGUUGGCUUCAUGAUAGAAUUGUUGAUUUUAUCAACACUUUAGAGAAAGAUCUCGCCUCGAACGAGAUAAAUUCAUUUGACACGAUUCUUGGCCAGUGUAUGUAUUUUGGGUUGUCCUUCAGUCGAGUUGGUGUAGAUUUCCGCUCGUUGAUCGCACCCGUUUUUAUCAGGGUCAUUUCGCUCAACUUUCAAAAUGCAAUCGUGAAAAUCACCCAACAAUUUGAGCAGGACAUUGAACAAUACACCCUAAUAAAUAAGGUUCCCAUAGGCAUAAACAGGACAAAAUCAAGCGACAAGUCCGACAACGGCAAUCAUCCCCCGGAAAGUUUACUAGACUUUACGCCUCUCGCAAUAUAUUGCAACGGAGUUCUGACCGUAUUCAACGAACUUCGCCUCUGUGCUCCGAUCGCACUAGCCCCUACGGUUACCCAGGUCCUCGAAGGUUCUCUCGAAAACGUAUGCAAAAACGUCCUGUCCUUCUACCGCCAGGAACAGCAAGCAUUCACGCCCUCAGAACGCGAAUACUUCAUCCGGUUCUGUUCGUGCUUUGCGUAUGACCUGGUUCCAUACCUUCAGCGGUGCAUUCACUUUAUUUUUCCUCCCACCACGAUUGCGAGCUAUCUAGGCAUCAACGUUUUGGCGCUGCAAAAACACGGUCUCACCUAUUUCCGGCAGAAGAAAAUACUGGAACCAAUCGAACGUCUGCUGCCCGAUAGAAUAGAAACCGUCAUUAGGGCAAAUGUGGGUACGGGUGUUCGAGAGCGGGAGGAGCAAAGUAGCGUGCCGGAAGGGUCGAGUAACGAAACAUCGAUAUCAGUAGAGACUACCACGGGAUAGGUCGAUCGAUCGUUCGUUUAUGUGCAAGUUAACGCAAGUUGUAUUAUAAUAAACAAAAAUGAUUCAUAUUUGCAUCAA